ACAGUGGGCCAGGACCACCGAAGCCAUUUUAUUAUUAUAACAGCAAAGGUGCAGGUGCAUUAACACAUAUUUUUUAUAGUUAACGUUUUAAUUUUAGAGCUCACGUUACCAUGGGACAGUGUGGAAUUACGUCAUCCAAAACCGUCUUGGUUUUUCUCAAUCUCAUAUUUUGGGCUGCAGCUGGGAUUCUGUGCUACAUUGGAGCCUAUGUGUUCAUCACAUAUGAUGACUAUGACCACUUCUUCGAAGAUGUGUACACUUUGAUUCCUGCUAUCAUAAUAAUAGCUGUCGGGACUCUUCUCUUCAUCAUCGGCUUGAUCGGCUGUUGCGCAACGAUACGUGAAAGCUCCUGUGGUCUGGCAACUUUUGCUGCCAUUCUCCUGCUGGUGUUUGUAACAGAGUGUGUGGUGGUGGUGCUUGGCUACAUAUACAGGGCAAAGGCUGAAGAUCAGGUGAAUCACUCCAUCCAGAAGGUUUACAAUGAAUACAACGGCACCAACACGGAUGCUCCCAGCCGCGCUAUCGACUAUGUGCAGAAGCAGCUUCACUGCUGUGGCAUUCACAACUACUCUGACUGGAGGAACACACGCUGGUUUAAAGAAUCUAAGAACAACAGCGUCCCAGUCAGCUGCUGUCAGCCCAGCAUCAGUAACUGUACUGGCACUCUCGCUCGGCCAGCAGAUCUCUACCAAGAGGGUUGUGAAGCUCUUGUUGUGAAGAAGUUAAAGGAGAUCAUGAUGUAUGUCAUCUGGUCUGCACUCACGUUUGCAUCGAUACAGAUGCUGGGCAUGCUCUGUGCCUGCGUGGUGCUGUGCAGGAGGAGUCACGACCCAGCGUACGAGCUGCUGGUCACAACCAACAGCUAUGCAUGAACAACGCAGCCAGCCAACGAAGCACUCAACAGAUCAAAAGGAGUGGCACCGGACAUGUCCACAGUAGAUUUCAGCUGUAGUUAUCUAAGCUCAAACACACCUUGCACAAUUCAUGAUAAAGUAGUGAACACUGAUGUGGUUUUGGGAGGGGGCGGGGGCUUUAAGGGGAAACCUGUUAUUUAUCUACAUGCUUUGUAAGUUACUGUUACUUUAAAUGUUAUUUUUUCUCUCUCCUUUACUAUUACUGAAACAUUUACUGAAGCCAAAGUUGUAUAUGGCUAAUUUACAUUAUUGAUGUUGAUGCAGAUUUCUUUCCCCUGCUUUUUAUUGUGGCUGAUACAAUGUGGGCUAAUAAUGAGAAGUAAUAUGUAAUUUCACACAGUGUGGGAGUGUUGGAUGGAAUGUAUUUCCUUGUCUACGCUAAAAAAAAGAUCAUGUACACUAUUCCUAAGAACUUUGUUUGACCAGACAGUUUUUUUUUUUUACCAUAGACAGAGCAGAUUCAGUGUUUUUAUCUCAGCGUUCUGUCUCAGCUCUGCGUUUUGUCUCUCAAAGCCAUGUUUGGUAGAAAAAGUUAUUCGUAUUCACAAAUAUCCAGGCUGUGAAUAAUGUACAUUCUGUUUUGGUGUGGAUGUUCUCUGAAUCAGGCUUCAAUACGGAGGCAUUGCCAAUAUAUGAAUGAACCUUUUAGUCUCCAGUGCUAUUAAUAUGAGUAUUAUCAGUGUUACCUGAACACCUCUGUAUGUGUAGACUCAGUUAGUUAGUCAGAUAAUUCCCUCUGUUCAGUUUGUUAGUCAUAAACCUGCUUUAAAGAAUUACGACACGUUUAUUUCAUACGUUUUUGUAGAUUGUGCACCGUUUUAAUAUUUUUGAGCUGUUAAGUUGACGCCUAGAUAUUUAGCUAGUGUCGCAGAAAAAACACGAUGAACAAUUGUGUAUGGACUGGAAGCCGGAAAGGCCAAGGACAAAUAAACUCAUACAUUUCAA